UCUUUUUUUUUUCCUUACAGAUUGUCCGGUGUUUUUCCUCAUUUUAAAAAUUGAUCCUUUAAAGUGUGCCUUUUUAAAAUGGGUGCAUUUUAUCCUUACUGUCCAAACAAAAUCUAGACAUUGUCAAAGUUAUAGGUGUUUGUUUUUAGUGAUAUGACAAUUGUAAGCGUUUGAUAACUAAUCCGACACAUAUUCUAGUUAAUUUUCAUGUUUCAUAUCGCAAUUUUUUUACUUCGUGAAAUAUAUAUUUUUACUUUUAAAAUAUGGGAAAUAUUUACAUUUAAUAUUUACUAUAGUUAUAAUUCUUGGCUAUUCGCUUUCGUUAUCCGUGUAUUUUUGUGAAGUUUUGAUACGGAGUUUUACCUUCUUCGCAAGGAUUAUAAAAUAGUGUACCCUAUUUUGAAAUUAUCUCAAGUUCAUAAAUUCAUGAAGUCACCUAUGUUUUAACCGUGACGUCGUUUUACAAUGGAAAUUACAUUUAAGAUUUUAUUGAGAAAAUAAGAUUAUCCACUAUUAGUAUAACGUUAUUUCUCUACGUCUGUUGGCAUCAUAAGAUUAUCAUGGAAUAAUUUUAUUAGGACUGAAUGAUUUACCAACUGCUGUGGUAACAAGACGUCUGUAGUGCAAAUUACUGUAAGGUUAUGUCAUUUAGGGGACAUGAUUUAUGUCAUAUCUAUGCCGUGUUUCUUGCCCAUUUUCUACAUCAUUAUUGGCAACUAAAUAUAAUUUGUUACUUUGUCAUAAUGUUACUGGGAAAAUCUAUUUUCAGAUUUUAAAAAUUGAUAUAGUACAUAGCAUAUAAGUAGAACAAAGCCAUUUUAUUACUCCCGUCACUUCGUUCGACCCGGAUUUAGUUGUUGCUUGGUGCUCAGACUUGACAAAAUGUUUUAAAAUGCGGAAUAGUCGAUGUGCCUGUCAAAUUAGCGCAUUUGUUUCAAAUAGGCUAGUAUAAUUUUGAUCUUUUGUUAUGUGAAUGAGCUUUGCUGUUGGCCUAAUGCGUUGUAUAUGAAACGUUGUAUAGUAGGUGGACAUAUAACAGAAAUAAAUAUUUGACCCCGGUUGUCAUUUGUGUAAAAAUGGUUGACUCCUUGAUCGUUUCAUGUGCACUAUCAAGGGGAGAAGGUUUUACAAUCAACGUAUAGAUCAUUGAUUCAUUGAUAACGACUGAUCAAUAUGUUCUCCAGAUUCCUUGUUAAGUGCCAGUGCCAUACGAUUCACUGUGAUAUUUGCCCUAGAUACAGUCAGCCUACUGUACCACGAUUUAGGCCUUGAAUUGCCCAGUCGUAUGGAUAUCAGUACACCAUGUCAUUUAUUACCAUUAGACAAUAAUUACGAUUGUUCAGUGGACUAGCCUACUGUAGCAACGUUACUGGCGACACAGUGAAGAAGACAAAGGUAUUGGAAAGUCUGUUUAAAUGUAGCCUGGGCCUACAUUUUAAACCUCAAUUGGGGGAACUUGUCAACAGUAUAUGGGCCAUCACUGUUAAAUAGUGUUUCAAUUAGUUCCCAUGUGCUUUUAGACCGAAUCCAGAUUUUAAUAGGUUUCUUAUUUCAUAUCAUCCGCUUUAUUCGCGGGAUUGUUGACGUGUGCCAUUUAAUUGUCUUGUAGCCUACACACUGAAAUAUGCCAUAAACCUACAGUUCAAUCCAGGUCCAUGUCCUCGAGGUGCUUAAUGGUGAAUGAAAACAGCAUGUAGCUGUGUUAAGUAUAUGACUAAUUAUGCGAAUGAAUAUUAAGCAUCAGUGUUAUGUUAAUAUGACUGUCUUCAGCUGCAGAUCAAGGCUCUUGAGACCAGCAUUUAAUCAAAAUGAUUCAGUAAGUUAUCCUUCUGCACGUGUUAGCUCUCUCAAACCAAGAUACCCAGUUAACAAUUAAUAAUUGGUCGGUAUUUUUAUCUCCAUUCUUAAUAUCCUGAUGUGUUGUUUUGUUGUCAUCUAAGCGCUGCCAUUCCUAAACUGCACAUUUAAAACGCAGUAAUUAUUUUUCAAAUCAUGCAUAUUAUUAUCAUUUAAUUAUCCGUUUGCUGGGGGGUCCGUGUGUAAGGUUGAUCAUUUCCUCGUCUUUUUUGGCGGGAAAAAGUUAAUUUUGUUAGAUACAAUAUGCUCAUCGACUACGUUGGGGGGAAAACGUUACGGGGAAAAGAAAGGCAAAAACGACUAAAAUUAACCGUUUUGAUGAUUCUACGAGUAUCGAAAAGACAGCACAGAUAUUUAUAAAUACGCUUUAGCCUAUAUAAUUGUGUUGCUAAUAAUAAUAAUAACAACAACAAUAACAGUAAUAGCAUAAUAAUAAUAAUAAUAAUAAUAAUAAUAAUAAUAAUAGGCUACACUAUUUUGAGGUAUAUCUUCUGCCGAUCGUUGGUGAUGUCUCAGUAUGAAAACAUUUACAUAAAAUUCGGUUUAUCCAAAAAUACAAUACAUUAAUAGUAGAUCAUGUCUGCAUUUUAUAUCACAUGUAACGUGUGGUCAUUUGUACUGUGGUAGUAAUUAGCCUAUGUGUGAAUAUAUAGCUUGGCCAUUUACCAUUACCGCACAAUAGUUCUGUACAUUUUAUUGAAUUAUAAUAUAUAACGUAUAUAAUUUGUUGAAAAUAAAAUUGUUCCUUUAGAAAACGAAACCGAAAAGUAAAGGACGUUGGAUAUUGACAUGCCAACAACAUCCAGUAUACGACUCAAUUUGAUGGCUACAUGUUGAUAGGAUACGUCAUAAAUGUUUGUAAAUAUAGUAUCUUCACGUAACAUUGAAUAUAGUUUUACUGUAAUUCCCAUUCACUUGUUGCCCUGUAGGCUACUCGUCCCCGGCGUUUGCCACUAUUGCCUUAGGAAAUCUCAGACCCUGGGUCUCAGCAUUGCUGUUGUUCUUGAGUUCCCUAGGUCCUUCGGAUCCAACCCUAGAAUCACAAAUCGGAGCCUCUUUUGGUACGAGUGGACCAAUCAGCGACCGUCUUUGAUGAAUAUUCAUGAAUCCCCGAUUCAAACCUUUGAGGCGAGUUUGUCUAGAUCCACAGCAUCAUGCUUAGACUUUUCACAGAGACAAACUACAUUUUCUUAUGAAUGGAAAGUGAAAAAAUCAGAUCAGCUUAAAUUGGGAUCCAUCCUUCACUGAGAUCAUAGAAGAAACCAAAAGGAAGAGAAGGGAUCAGCCAGAAGAGAUGACAAUGACUACAAUGCCAGAAAGUCUUAAUAGCCCAGUCUCAGGAAAGACCGUUUUCAUGGAAUUCGGGCCACCAAGUCAACAAAUUUCGCCUUCCUCGAUGUCUCAUGGACACUACUCCAUGCACUGUUUACAUUCUGCUGGUCAAUCUCAGCACGACAGCUCGUAUAGUACAGCUUCAUCCUUCCCUAGAUCUCUGGGUUACCCAUAUGUGAACUCGGUCGGUAGCCAUUCCUCAAGUCCUUAUAUCACUACCGUACAGUCCUAUCAAAGCAGCUCCACACUUACGCAGACACGGUUAGAAGACACAGCAGCACCAGAGACAGAGAAAAACACAGUUGUGGAAGGGGGCGAGGUCCGCUUUAAUGGGAAAGGGAAAAAGAUUCGUAAACCCAGGACUAUAUAUUCAAGUUUGCAGCUACAGGCUCUAAACAGACGGUUUCAGCAAACACAAUACCUGGCGCUGCCGGAGAGAGCCGAACUCGCCGCUUCUCUGGGACUUACACAAACACAGGUAAAGAUUUGGUUUCAGAACAAACGAUCCAAGUUCAAAAAAUUGAUGAAACAAGGCGGAGGCACAAUUGACACAGGCGCACUAGCCAAUGGACGCGGACUGUCCAGCGGCUCGCCCUCUGUUGCACCAGUUUGGAACACUUCAUCCACGGUUAAAACGUCAGCGGGCACUCCGGGCUCAUACAUCCCCAGUUACACCUCAUGGUACCCGACAGCGCACCAAGAAGCUAUGCAGCAGCCGCAACUCAUGUGAACAGAAAAAGUUAACCCCGCCCCCUCCCAGUCGUGGAUGGUCCCAAUCAGGGGAUCAUGGACCAGCUACACAAUGCGGCCCUGUAGCCCGGCCCGUUGUAGCCAAGCACAGAUGUAAUGCGGAGCAUAUUCCCAAAGCUGACAGCUGACGUAUCGGCCUUCUCACUCGGACUGAACGCUCAGAGAACAGCCUGGAAGCAGAGAGACUGAGCAGCAACCGUCUGCACUGGAGGGCAGGAAUAAUGUCUUUUUGUGUCUAAGACAGGAAGAAACCGAAGGAAAAAUAAUGAAAUUAAGGUCAUUUAAGCUGCUGUUCCCCAUUUCUGUGACCUCUUGUGUUUAAGAAAGUAUAGGAAAUUGUAACAAGUCAGCGAGAGAAUGUGCGGACUUCAGAAUGUGUUUUGGUUGUUCUAGGUUAGACUUCACUGUUAAAAAUGCAAAAAAUUAUAAUAAUUAUGAAAUAGGCUAAAAUUAGGCAAUGUUCAUCUUAUACAUGUAGAUUUACGCAAAUGCAUUGAGAUGCAACAACUUCUAAAAUUUUGUGUUGAAAUUUGAAUGCGGUCUCACACGCACGUGCGCACGUGCGCACCUGCACAAAUGUAUAUCUGCGUAUUGGUUACAAACUGUAGUUGUUUUAUGUGUUCGAUUUAUAUUAUUUAAAUUAUUUCGGUGUCCUAAAAUUUUGUAUGUUUACACAAUUCAACGUGUGGUUUUCUAGUAAUAAAAGAAUAAACAAAGAAAAUACAAAGAGCGGAAGGCAUGUGCUCUUCAGUAUUCCAUUUGGCAAGAGCUCUUAACGGAAGUUGAAUUACAGCAGCCAGUCCCCGGUAGAUUACUCAACAUGUAAUAUCUUCGAAGAAAAUUAUGCGCUGUACUUUUAAAAGGAAAUUUUGGAAAAACUAGUGAUGCCAAUAUCGUAUGUCACUGCAACACGGACGUGCAAUUUACAGGCUGCUGUAUAUAAACAUAUAUGACUAUAGGGUAUAUUUAGCUUUUUUGUUUGUCUUUGUGGCUGUUUACUCAAUGCGUUGUGAAACAGAAUUCUACUUUAUGAAUAUGAAUGUGUUAAGUUUAAUGUGUUUAGCGUUCUACAUGGCAAAGUUUAGUUUUAUAAUGUUUAAGUUAAUUUAUUUCUUUGUAUUAUUAAAUUCUUUGUAUAUAGUGUGUAAAGUUCGGAUACAGUAAAAUUAUGAUUUUAAAUGGCUA